UCGUUUGUUUGUUGUGAUUUUUAGUUACAAAUUGUGUUUUUCAGCUGAUAUAGCUCGAUUGGAGACGUUACUGUCUAAUAAAGUCCUUUAAUGCUUGUUUCCACGUUCUAAAUCUACACUUAAAGUCUAUGACGCUUGUUAAUCGUUCAGCUCAUUUUAUGUUUAUGCAAAGUUUCUGUGAGUCAGUUUAUAAUGGAGGAACUAACUAAAUGUUUAAAAUUCGAGAGUCCACAUUUUCCUAUGGCUAAAAAAUGUUGUUGCUGUGUUCCAUUACGUCGUGGCCUUCUGAUAUGCAGUUACAGCAAUCUGGUAUUCACGCUGCUAUCGUUUCCGAUCCUCAUAUUUAUGUUGGUGGAAUCAAAAACGACUGGCGAGAUCACUGUCACUUCACUGACGUUGGAGCCUCAUUAUCAUCUGCCAAUCACAAUAGCCCUGAAUGUAAUUGACGUACUGUUAACUAUUAUUCUGUUGGUUGGCGUACAUAAGAAAAAAAGAGAUCUUCUAAAGAUUUGUUUCUACGCGGGAAUGGUCUACGUUUUGUUGACUUUAGUGGUCGACCUUACUUUCUUCGAUUUUAACAAUUAUGCGGAGAAUAUCAGCUACGUAUGCGUUACAGUGUACAAUAUAUAUUUGUUGUAUUUGGUAUACAACACAGUGUAUGUACUACAGCAAGAGGCGUUAGUGCAAUACGUGACUUAUCACGAACAGCCGCUUCUGUAGCAAGCAUUACAAUUAAAAGAUUUGACAGAUGACGUCACAAUAUGGCGCAAAACGCACGUUUUAAAUUUGGAACGCAUUUUUUAAUAACAAAUAUCAUUCAAGAUUUGUUAAUGAAUGAUAUCAUAUAACACCUUCACUUCAACAAUCACAGAAAAGAAGAAUUGGUAACAAAAGAUGGCAAAAUGUUCUUCCCACGACUCUCGCUUCUGAGGACAAGUUUCUUUUGUCAAUAGUUACAUCGGACAUCACUAGAGCUGCGAGAUUUUUAAACGCCAAAAACUAAAAGAGUAAAUAAAAAUUAGUUUCAAAGUAAACAUUAUGUAAUAACAAAGGGACCGUUCUUAUAAGAGUUUUGUAACUUGUACUUAUUUUUACUUGACUUUAAAAAAGAAGCGAUUCUAAAUGUAUUUUUUUCACCUUUUUUGUCAAGCAACAAUUUAGUAUGUAUAAGAAAUUAA